UACUUUACCUAGAGUUUAAAACUCUUUAAUUUGCUAUUUUCAGCUUAUAUUUUGACGGACUUGUUAAUUGAAGUUAAGAAAAGCUGAAAACGCUGUCUAAACAAAUAAGUUUCCCAACUGCUGAGUUUGAAGCAAGCGAGCAGCUGUCGAAAGAAGUUUAAGCUAAAUUCUAGUCGACAUUGUUUUGACAUGCGAGCAAAUUUCUAGUUAAGCAAGAUGGAUUCGGCACGUGCGUUUAGGAAAUAUUUAUCAGCUCGCAUUCGAGCGGAGCGCAUGGAAUUGUUGCCCACAACGCAACGCCACCCGCCGCUGCAGCGCUACAACCACAGUUACAGUCGACUGCCCGCUGGAGGGCGCUUGAGUGAAAGCUUCCAUCUCAAUUUGAACCGCUUCGUUGGAAGGAAAAGCAGCUGCCAAUCCCAGAAGACGCCGCCCAAAUCUGAUGUCUUGGAGCCACAGCCACAGACAAAGUCAAAGAAAGUCAAGUCCAAGUGCAGAUUGAAGUUUAAGAAUCCCGUGCUCGUGGUGCGCUCUCGUCCACGACUCGAGUGCAGCAGCAGCAGCGAGGGAGCGAGCAUCAAAGUGCGCUUCUCCAAGUCGCCUCUGCGGCCAGGCAAUCUAAGAGAGCAGCCACCCUUAAGCUGUGUCACGGACCAGAAACAAAGCUGCCCUAUAAUUGAGCCAAAGAGUAGCCCUUGCCCUAUAAUUGAAACUAAGAGUAGCCCGUGCCCUGUAAUUGAGCCAAAGAGUAGCCCCAGCCCUAUAAUUGAGCAUAAGAGUAGCAGCGUUACUAAAGAGCGACACAUUUCUUUUACCGAAGCAGAGCAACCGCCUUGCGACACGCAUAUCACCCAGCAGCUGAUGUCACUAAUGCAAAAGCUAGAGGAUCAACUGGCCAGCGAGAAGAAGCAAAAAGAGGAGCUGAAUGCCAUCAAUAGUCAGCUUAAGCAACUCACUGGAACAGUGACUAAUCUCAACGAUAAGUGCAAUCAGUUCGAGACAGAGAAGAGUAAAUUGAAGCUUGAACAACCUUGCUUGGGCAACCAAGGAUGUGAAGAGAAACUCUGCCAUAAGCCGUCGAGCAUAUGUCAGUUUUGUGCCCAUCAACAGCUGCCUGUGCUCUGUUCUAUGCAGAACGAGCUCUUUCAGCUGAUGGGAAAGCGACUGUUCAGUGACGUCGCUCUUACCAUACUCCUAAGAGCGGACAACGUCUACCAUGUUAAUGUUCGUGACUUGGACACGGGCAAAGUGCUCGGCUGUUUGCUGGUCAACGAGGCGGGCAUCAAACAGGCCAACUCUCUUGGUAUUUUUCAAGAGAUCUUGACCUUCUGUGUGAUUGAUGUGCGCAGCUCGAUGAGCACGCGAGACGCCAUCUUUGGUGGCAUCAACUUUGAGUUUGUACGCGAUCAACGACUGCACGGGGGGCAUAGUGCGCAGCGAAAGCAACUCUUUAAGGAAAUGCAUUGUCCCAUUAGCAGUGUGAGAGCGGAUCAAGCUGUAGCAAGGGCGCCACAUCGUUGCAGUUCCUUCCAACAUCAACGUGAAAAAAAGAGCAAGUCCAAGUUGAGUAUCUCGCAGGCCUUGCUGCAAAUUGGCACCAUCGACAAGAGUCUUGUGCUCUCCGAUGACGAAGCUAAUUACCCCGUGAGUGGUAUCGAAAUUGUCUCCAUGAUGGAGUCAAGUCCGCCCUGUAGUGAAAUGGAUACAGCACAUAGCUCCGUCUCUGUUCAGCGCACGCAAAAACUCGCCAAAUUUUAAAGUGUUUCUUUUUAUUUGCUUACUUGUUUUAAUAAAAGAGAAUGCCGCCUUUUAACACUGCAGUGUGCGAAGAGAUCAGCUGCAGUUUGU